UUGAAUUUGAAGGAAGCAAAUCUUAUCCAAACAUACGCUGAAGAGAAUUGUUUCAUCUGAAUUAGAAUCUGCUAGAAUCACUGUCGCCAGACCAGAUUAAGUCACGUGUUGCAAUAUUUUCUAUAUUUUGAUAGGUACAGAACUAUGAGUGAAGCUACGAAUGGUUUAGCAUCUACAAUGUUUGGCGCGCCGGAUGGUGUUCCAAAUCAAAACAACAACUCUUCAGAAGAAAAUGCCGAUCAUGUGGAUGUCGAUGACAAACCAAGGCUGAUUCUUCAAGAUACAAUUGUCUAUCAAAAAAAUGGGACUAUUGCCAAUGUUUUCGAUUCUGUCCUUGGCCUAGAAUUGCGCGCUGAGGGUGCACUUUGGGUAGAAAACGCAGAAAAAUAUAAAUGUAAGUUUUUGAUACUGAUGUCUCUUUCAUUGACAUCUUCAAAUCAACAUCUAAUCCUUUAAUAGUCAAGAGACCAAAUGGUACACAAUGUCAAGUUCAAUUCCAAAUGUAUUCCUACGAGAGAGAUGAACUUGGAGCUAUCAUACUCUACGUGGAAGAUUCCACAACUAAAUUUUGGAUUGAACUAAAACCUUCGCAAAAGUACGUAGCACACUUCACCUCCAUGGUAGAAAGUGCUGAACUCAAGCAUUUUGUUACCGAUUACUACGAGCGUGUACUUGCUGGAGAAUGUAAGGAUGACCUAGUCGAACUAUGCUGGGAAGUAAGUUUUAACUGUUCUGCAAGAUCAAUUUAUAAUUCAAAUGCUAAUUUGAAAUCAUAGUAUGCUCGUGAGGAUGGUCGUGGAUUGUUACAAGACGAUGUCAUCGAAGUUUUGACUAAGGAUGCGAAUGCAUUCUUCCUCUUAUCAGCUUUUCGUGAAGAGAUAUUGGUAGACAGAAGGACUAAGGGCAUGAAAUGGUCCAAUACAGAGAUCUACCAGCUUCUCAGGAAUGAAUGUUCUGUAUGUAUUUCUAUUAUGUGCUUCACUCCUGCAAAACUAAUUCUGGUAGACCGCUUAUGACAGAGCGAAUACGCACGUUCCGCCUGGACCGGAGCCAAUGACUGUCGACUCUCCUAUUAUUCCAGACCCUUCUCCUGUCAUUAGCGACGGUGGCGACGUACAAACCAACCAUUUAAACAUGCUACUAUCUUUGGUUGCUGAAGAAAUCGAAAAUGGAACUCCUGUUAAGAAGAUUACCCUAGCGUCACUAUGGAAUAGGCUCUAUAUAAAGACCAAGAUUCCUGACUACGGUAUGAGUGCCGGACCCCGUACUGCAAAAUGUAUUGUCUAUAAAAUCGGCUGUCUUCUUGCAGACACAUUGGAAAAACGUCACCCUGAUCUAUUUCUGGGUUCAAAGUUCACCGAUGGACUUCGCGAAGUAGGUCGUACUCGAUAUCCACCUUACACUAAGCACGUGCUUACCGAUGCCCAAUGGCAAGAAUAUAUGGAUAGUGCUGAGGGACUUUACCUUGUUCGUCGAAAUCCCCAGCACGAAGAAAGGGCCGGUGCCAAUUCAGUUGGUGGCUCUACAAAAUUACAGGUCAAGGAUAUCUUCACUGGAGAAUUAGCACCACCUCGUCCAAUUGGCCGCGUCGGAGGUGGACGUGUUGGAAGACCACCCAAAAAUCGAAACCUUGAGCUUGAAUUCUACGAGGAAGAGGAGGAAGAUGAGAAUGGCGAGACGUCUUCUAGAUUUGAUAUUGAGGCUCCUUUGACGGUAGAGUCUGCGUGGCAGCGUGUUUGGGAGCUAGGUGGGGAAGAAGAGAUCAUUAGUGGUCGUGUAGUUCCUUCUCGCAUUAAACGUGCUGAUUAUUGAUUUGGAUACUUGAAUGUCAUUUACAGACUGGCGUUAUCUUGAGCGAUAAGUAGAUACCACGGGAUGGAGUUUCUUGCAUUUGGACGAAUAAAUGGUUUUCUAGAGCAUUAAAGUUCUGUAUAUUAUCUUGCGUUCAUAUAUCAGGGCGAUCAUGCUUCUGUUUCGAAAUCAUGUUUCUCGCUUUGAACGU